UUCGUCCGAAACCAGUUGCACACAGGGUUACUAACUUAAAGCACAAUAUCUUAUUCAGGGCAUAUAUGCAUAUAUCAAUCACUAGCUAGGGCAAACAGCGACUCUUCCACACCACGAACCUGCCCAGCAUUGUAUGCUCUGUGCGUUCCAGCUGCUCGUCUCCCUGCAGUUCUCUCGGCUUCUCCCCUCCCCCUGACCCUGGCACGUCCCCUCUGUUGCCCGAUCCCUUCUUUCCAAGGAUAGGCAAUUGCCUGGCAUGUCACCGAAGCCUUUAUAAAGGAGGAGUUAGCUCGCUUGAAAGGCUCUUAGCAGAGACGGGCGGGAGGCAUUGGCACUGAGGGCUGCCUCUGGCGGCGCUUUCACCUGCUGUUGAGGUCCUGGGAGAAGCCGGCUGCCACCCCUCAGGCGCCCUGUUUGCAAACAGGGCAAAGGUCAGCACCAUCACCAUGAACAAGGUGAAGAAUUUUAAGCGUCGAUUCUCCCUCUCUGUCCCUCGGCCAGAAACUAUUGAGGAAUAUAAUCAGCUGAAUAGCCGGUGCGGUGAAGGCCUUGGUCAUUCCCACCUGCAGGUGGCACAGCUGAGCCCAGGAAAUGCUGCCUUGUCUCCAUCAGAUGGUGAGGGUUUGUCUCCGACUGCACUGAGUUAUAGGAAGACUGUUCAGCGCCGUCUCUCCAUGGAAGAUGUCAGCAAGAGGCUUUCUUUACCGAUGGACAUCCGCUUGCCCCCAGAACUUCUAGACAAGCUGCAAAUGAACAGUCCAGAUGAUGAUCCAAAGCCCCUAAGCCGGUUGCUAAGAAGAGCUUCUCUGUCCGAUAUUGGGUUUGGAAAAUUGGAGACGUACAUAAAGCUGGACAAACUAGGAGAGGGAACCUAUGCCACUGUCUUCAAGGGUCGCAGCAAACUUACAGGGAACCUGGUAGCCCUAAAGGAAAUCAGACUGGAACAUGAGGAAGGAGCACCCUGCACAGCAAUUAGAGAAGUUUCCCUUCUGAAGAAUCUCAAACAUUCCAACAUUGUAACACUGCAUGACAUCAUCCACACAGAAUACUGUCUCACUCUUGUAUUCGAGUACUUGGACAGUGAUUUAAAACAGUACUUAGAUAACUGUGGAAACCUCAUGUGCAUGCACAAUGUCAAGAUCUUCAUGUUCCAGCUGCUUCGUGGUCUAUCUUACUGUCACCGAAGGAAAAUCCUGCACAGGGAUCUUAAACCACAGAAUUUGCUGAUCAAUGAGAAGGGAGAGUUAAAGCUGGCAGACUUUGGCCUUGCAAGAGCCAAGUCAGUACCCACAAAGACCUACUCCAACGAAGUGGUGACACUCUGGUACCGACCCCCUGAUGUUCUGCUAGGUUCCACUGAGUACAGUACACCCAUUGAUAUGUGGGGAGUUGGAUGCAUUCUGUAUGAAAUGGCAACAGGACGGCCUAUGUUUCCAGGAUCCACAGUGAAAGAGGAACUGCAUUUAAUAUUCAGAUUACUAGGAACCCCUACAGAGGAAACAUGGCCAGGAAUAUGCUCUAAUAAAGAGUUUAAAGGCUAUGGCUUCCCUCAGUAUCGAACGCAGCCUUUGAAAAAUCAUACUCCAAGGCUUGAUUCAGAUGGGAUUGAUCUACUUAGCAGUCUCUUGCUAUAUGAGGACAAAAAGAGAAUCUCUGCAGACAUGGGGCUCAGGCACGCGUAUUUCAAAACCAUGGGAGACCGAGUUCUCACUUUACCUGACAAUGCAUCAAUCUUCACACUUAAAGAAAUCCAACUACAAAAAGACCCAGGGCACCGUAGCUCCAUUUUUCAUCAUGCAGCUCGUGGGAAGGCCAGAAGACAGAGCAUAUUUUAGAGGUGGCGCUGGAUGAACAGAGAGCUCCCUGGAGAACCCUGCGCUUGAUCCUUCUUCCCAAGACACUACUGCAGUGAUACAGUAUACACCUUUGAGUAUUAGCUAGAACUUGCCCUGCUGCAGUGAGUCUUGUGCCAAAUGUAAUUAACUGGGUGUAGAUGGUCAUGUUCAGGGACCAAAGGAGAGUUAAGAGAUGAGUUUCUUCUCUUCCAAACCCCACUAAAGCCUUAUUUUAAUUAUAUAGAUCAAAAAAAGACAGAGUGAAAUUACUCAGGGUGGAAAUGGUGGUUCAUGGUUGGUCCUUUUUGAACAGCAAAAACAUUUCUGGGACUUCUAACACUGGAUUCACACCACUGAAUUCUGUGCUCUCACAUUCCACAGAUCAAAAAUAGUAUUAAAAUGAACAGCAACACUCCUUCCUUUUUUCACCACAGAUCUAAGCCAAGGAGAUGGUGGUGUCUUCCGCUCUUAAAAUAUUUUCUUAUUGUAUCCUUUUAUACCUAAAGAUGCAUUCCAAAUUAUAUUAACCAUAUGGUGGAAACAAAUAAGGCUGGUGCCUCAAAUAUAUUUUUACAGUUUUAUCAUUACACAGAAAGGCAUACAGGAAGCAUGAAAGUAACAUAGUGCAGAUUCCAGGUGCCAUGUUGUGACACAGUGCCACAUAUCCCAUGUAAAUUGGUGAUAACCUGGGAUACUGGGCUAUAUAGGGAUAGCAGCAUUUACAUGUUUUAACAAUUGUUUUUAAAUGUGAAAAAUAGAAAGAUAUUGUCUAGCAAAUAUUUUUCACAAAAUGGGAAAUGCACACCAACCAUCCCACCAAACUUUGCUCUGUGAGGCCUUUAUAGUAAAAACAUUUUGUGUGUUUGAUUCUCUGGUAAGAUUGGUACCAUGUGAGGUGGGAUGAUGCUUAAAGUUUUCAUAUUGCACUAUAAGACUUAAAGGUCAGCCCUUGCCAUGCAUAUUGUCCUUGCCACUGAACAUUGUGAGCCUGCUGAAUUCAGUAACAAAAUAUGUGACUAAUGGUAUGCCAUUUAUUAAUUUUAUAAUGGCAUUCAUCAUACACUGAUUGAUCAAACCAUAACAAAAGGUUACAUAGCCACCAAGCCAUUAUGAUUGGUUCCAGAUUUGAAACAUGAGCUAAAGGUUAAAGUAAAAUCUGAUGACAGUGAACUUGUUCCACCUACAUGUAUGUAUAACAUUAUUUAUAAAGCUUGACAUGGAAAUGUAGUGCUGUAAAACAAUUACACACAGGUUUGACAAGUAUUAUAAUAAAUAAAAUAAACAAGUAUAAAUUUACAGAGAGGUGUUGUGUGAUAAGAGACACAGUAGGAAGGAAAUCCCUGCCUUGUGAUACUACUUUGUUGUAGUAAAGCAUAUCUAGCAUGUUAUGAGUAAUUCAUGUAGAAUAUUAUGUACAUCCACAUGCCCUAACACUUUACUGUUGGGAUUUUUAUUAUCUGCACAUCAGCAGGCUUAAGAUUGCUUGAGCCUUGGGGCUAAGGCAAUCAUAUAAAGGAUAUGCCUUGUGGGUGCCUUUACUUACAUGGGGCUUCCUUUAUGAUUGCUUGAGCCAAAAGACUCAAGCAAUCAAAAAUCUUCCCCCCAUGUAUACCACUAAUUUUGAAUUAUUUGUGGAGUUUGAAAAAUUAUAAUAUCUAAACUGCACCAAGGCUCUUAGAAGUAAGAAACUAUUUUGUAAUGAUUUAAGGACUCAAUUACUAUUUGCAGCACAGGAUGCAAACUAAAAAAAAACAGAGGGAAAGCCACUUUGCACCCUAUCCUGCUGUCUGCACCCAAAGGGUCACUACAAAACUCGGGUUCAGGGUGUAAAGGAGCCCUGUCAGAUUUUAAGCCAGUGUGAGGUACAAAGCCCAGGUAUGCCCUGGACACACAUCUUUUCUGAAUGAGCAUUAAGGUGCCCCUUGUGCUUUAGCAUUUUAGUAUUCAAAGCAUUAACAAUGAGGCCCUUAAUUUCAUGGCACAUUUAACAAUUCUGCUCUAAAUGUAUCUGGAAACAGGGUAAGUCAAAUGCUAGGCCCUCUGAGGAUUAUGUCACAUUGGGUGUUUAAGUCAGUUAUGUGUCCCUGUAGUAGCAACAAAAUGAAUCCCUUCAAGUCACUACUCCUUGAAAGUACAGAACAAUGUAGCAUUUAAAGGUCAACCAAAUGUUAAAUCACUGGGGAUGUACCAAUUUGUUGGGCAUCCCAACUGACUGAAACUACCAACCAUGUGCCCUGGGAUGGUGUGCCUCUUCUGUAAAUGCACCAGCACAAGCUAUUUUGUUUUCACCUUAUCUUUAAAAUAAGAUAUAAAACAUUACCAUGUGGCUCUUUAACUGGCCUGCAUUCUGUAGCUUUGUUGCACCUUUUUGAUCUUCUCAUCUGUUCCUGUAUCAUGAGAAGAAUUUAGCAAAGAGGCACCUGGGUAUCUUUAUAAUAUCAUCCUGCAAGUUUUCAGUUUGAUUUUUCCAAGCAGAAAUAGGAAUCAUAUUCCGUACAUACAAGUUGCUUAUAUAACUACUUUAUCUACUUUGAAGAAAACAUUUCAUAAAUAACUUCAAAUUAAGUUAGAAAAUAGUUAAUAGAAUUUGGGUGCUACAAAGGAGAAUGCCUUCUAACACCUAGUGAUAUGCAUUACUUCACCUAAAAAUACUGUAGCUGCAUUUCUCAAACAAGAAGUCUUUUCCUAUUUGUUGUAAAAUAAUGAACAUGUGUAUUUUGUAUACUGUACAUUAUAAACAACUUGUAUGUUUGCUCUAGUUUUCCUUUAAGAUGCAGUGAAUUUCAAAAUCAUUCAUGUAUGAGUGAACGAAAAGGAUUACGCUUCCACAAUGUAAUAACCUAUGCCACUUUCUGUGCCUGACCGAUGGAACUGCUGCCUGGUAUAGCUUAAGCAGCAGUGUUUUACUGGACUCUUAAGUGUGAGUGUGAAUGCACAUUUGGAGAGGUAUAUAUAUAUAUAUAUAUAUAUAUAUAUAUAUAUAUAUACACAUGUAUGUGUGAUGAAUGUAAACACAUUUCUCUAUAACUAGAAAAUAAAGACUCUAUAUAGAAAAAACAUAUAUAUAUAUUUAAAGUAUAUAUUGAAAAGACUAUUAAUAUAAAAAUCUGCUAUAGUAAUCUAUGUUCUAGGUUUAUAAAAUAAACAGUUCAAAUGAUAUGAUAUUUUAUUAAUAUGUCUGAACAUCCUGAUGCAUGAUGAAAACUCUCAGUUCUUUCUAUCACUCACUAUAUUUAGACCUCAGGCCUAGAUUCAUUAAGCAGAGGUAAGUUAGGACUAGUACAGAAAUCCAUGCAAAUAUACUCUAUUUCAAGAGGUUUGAAAGUGGUUGCCACUGCUUUCUUUUCUCAAGGGAAGGGAGUAUCAAUGAGAGCCUACUCAAAAUGCUGUUCCUGAGAGCAAUGUCAAAUUAAGGUGUGUGAGCAUGGAUCUGAAGAAGCAGAGAAAUCAUUUUGUAUGUGAUGACUGGGCAGAAUUGCCUAGAAAUCAUGGCAAAAUGCAGAGCUGUCAAUUAACCCCAUGUCAUGAGGAAGAUCAUGAUCUGCUACAGGCCUUUUUGAGACCUUUUUUGACGUCAUUAUAUUCCUCAUGACAUGGGGUUGGUUGACAGCUCUGAAACUGAAUGCUAUUUGGAAUCUGACUCAUGGUUAUUUCACAUACUUCAUUUGCUGGUCUUUAACAGUGGUGACAACUAAAGAAAAAAUAUUUUUCUGCAAACUAUGAGGUAGCUUCCAUUAAUCUGUAUAAAAGCAUAGAGUAUAUUUAGCAAUCCUCUGUGAAAUGGAAGAUGCACCCAACUAUAAUAGUGUAACUAAACCUUUAAGGAUUAUGGCACGCUGGGCCUAUUUGCCACAGGCAUAUUUUAUCUACUUCUGCCUUCCAUUCACUGGAAUUGGGCUUUUAGGCUGAAAAAUACCAGCUCUGUCAUGCAUUCCCUAUUUAAGUGAAUGAAAAGUAGCAAUGAUGAAUUUGGUUGCUUCUGUGUUGACUGAAAUACACCCUAUGAGCCUUAAAGAAAACUAUUCUCUAUUUACUUACCUAGAACUAGCAUGUGUACCAGCUGCUUCAUAAAUCAAGGUCUGUGUCUGAGUAAUACUUCUCUGAAAAAUAAAACUUAUUUUUUUUCCAGAAACUACCAACUCUGAAUGUCUUAUGCACAUAUUUUGGUUUUUGUAUGUGAUAUUCUGUGAAGGACUGUACAAUGUUGCAGAUAAAUUAUUUGUGAACUGUGAAUGUUUAUAAUUAUAAAAGGAAAUAAAAUGUACUGACAGUGUUUGCAUGGGCAACAAACUA